AUGGGAGACGGAUUGCCGGAGCCGGCCCGAGCUGCCAAACCUUCCCCCGCCGUGGCCGCCUGCUCCGAGGCAGAAGCGAUCGAAGUCUUGGAGAGCGCGGAGGAGGAGGGCUUUCCCGGCGCUGCAGAGGACAACCCUAGAGAGGGAAGGAACCAAGGUUCAUCUUCUACUCCAACCAGCGAUCCACAGCCAAAGUUGCCAAGUCAUCAGCCCCCUGCUGAGCAGCCUUUCCUGACCAGAACACAGAGCGAACCAAACAAAGGGCAGAAGCAUGCUAGAAAGCACUGGAAAGCUCUCUUUGAUCAGCUAGAUCCCGAGAACACAGGUUAUAUCAGCACAGAGAAAUUUCGGAACCUCCUCCAAAGACAUAGCUCUGAACUGGAUCCACAUAAACUGGAAGUGCUUUUGGCCUUAGCAGACAACAAUUCGGAUGGGAAGAUUUGUUAUCAAGAUUUUGUCAACUUGAUGAGUAACAAGAGGUCCAAUAGCUUCCGCCAGGCCAUUUUGCAAGGGAACAGGAGGCUGUGCAGCAAGGCCCUCCUGGAGGAGACAGGACUCAGCCUUUCUCAGCGGCUGAUUCGACACGUGGCAUAUGAGACGUUACCCCGUGAGAUAGACCGGAAGUGGUACUACGACAGCUAUACUUGCUGUCCUCCACCUUGGUUCAUGAUUGCCAUCACAAUUGUAGAGGUUGCCUUCUUUCUUUACAAUGGAAUGGUCCUGGAUAGGUUUGUGCUGCAAGUCACCCAUCCCUUCUAUCUGAAGAAUUCAUUAUUAUAUCAUCCUCAACUCCGUGCCCAGGCCUGGAGGUACCUCACCUACAUCUUCAUGCAUGCAGGGAUAGAACACCUUGGACUCAACGUAGUCCUUCAGCUUCUGGUUGGAGUUCCCCUUGAAAUGGUUCAUGGUGCAACAAGGAUUGGAUUUGUCUAUAUUGCUGGAGUUAUAGCAGGUUCCCUGGCAGUGUCCAUUGCUGAUAUGACUGCACCUGUUGUGGGUUCAUCUGGAGGGGUGUAUGCUCUUAUUUCUGCUCAUUUAGCCAAUAUAGUAAUGAACUGGUCUGGAAUGAAGUGUCAAUUCAAGCUGCUACGCAUGGCUGUUGCCUUGAUCUGCAUGAGCUUUGAAUUUGGAAGAGCUGUAUGGCUGAGAUUCUACCCAUCUGCUUAUCCUCCAUGUCCUCAUCCUAGUUUCGUUGCUCACCUAGGUGGGGUGGGUGUUGGAAUCACCCUUGGUGUGGUUAUUCUAAGGAACUAUGAGCAGAGACUUCAAGAUCAAUCAGUAUGGUGGAUCUUCGUUUCCAUGUAUGUGGUGUUUGUUCUCUUUGCCAUCUUCUGGAACAUUUUUGCCUACAGCCUGUUGGAUCUAAAACUACCUCCACUUCCUUAA